CAAGCUUCCCGCUGGAGAUCAACGCGUCUAUUCCAAUCACUCUCCGAUCAGACCAGCUACUCAAUGCUCGUACACGCAUCCACGCUAUCAUUUGGCCACGGUGAUCAUUGAUCAAGCUAGCUACCUACGCCGGUGUUACCGCGCGCGUCAGCCAUGGCCAUGCAGCUGCACAGCGCAAGAUUCCGGCCCACGUACGUGCCGCCAACCAGCCACCCAGCCUGGCUUUCGCCACCAACCGCGCCCACGGCCACCUCCAUAACACCAGCAGCAUCGAUCACUCGCUCACACUGUCACACUACUGUCACCGGCACGAUGCAUAGCCUCGGCCGCCGCGCGCGCCUUCUGGCCGUCGCCGUCGCCUUCGUGGCGGCGGCCGCGCCUUCCUCCGUGCAGGCGCAGGGGACCGACGGCACCGCGGUGCCGUCGUGCGCGGCGAAGCUGGUGCCGUGCGGGGGAUACCUCAACUCCACGUCCACGCCGCCGGCGUCGUGCUGCGGCCCGCUCAAGGAGGCGGCGGCCAACGAGACGGCGUGCAUGUGCGCCAUCCUCGUCAACAAGGCCGCGCUGCAGGCGUUCGGCGUGGCGCCCGAGCAGGGGAUGCACCUCGCCAAGCGCUGCGGCGUCACCACCGACGCCUCCGCCUGCGCCAAGUACGCCGCCACCGGCGCCGGUGCAGCAGGUGCAGCCACUGCCGGCAGUACUGCCGCCUCUUCAGCUUCCACUGGCAGCUCUGCUUCUACAGUGACCAAACCAUCAGCCAGCGGAGGAGGCACCACGCAUCGCCUGAGCUUGACCGGCGCAUCGUCCUUGGUAGGCUUCAGUUUCAUCUGGUGGACGAUCAUGGCAUAGUAGGAGUUACCAAGCUGCUGCUUCGCAUUUGCCUCGGAUAUCGGCAGAAUAUUCUUUGGUGGAUUCAGAGUUGUAAUUUUGUACUAUCCCAAUAAUGUACCUAUCAUCAUCUGGUUAUUGCUUCGUUUUGCAUAUCCUGUAAUACCAAUGUUGUUCUGUGCAAAAUAAAAGACAUGUUUAGCAGAGGCGACACAAAGAAAAACAUGUUUCAACGUUUUAUUCAAGAACGCAGACUAAUUGUAAUGUUGCAAUAAAAAAUGCAAGCCCACAA